AUGUCCUCCGUGUACAAGCGACAGCGCACCGAUUCGGUGUAUGAGGAACGUAAUGUCUCGGAGUUCGUUAAGAGUUGCGUCGAGUUCCGUUCCAACGUCACGUUCCACACCACCGUGGAGGGGAAGCAGCUGGCGAAUGAGGUCCUGCAAGGUGCCCCACAGCGGUCACUGCGCGUCCUUCUUCUUGGCAGCCAGAAGCAGUUGAGCGACAAGGAGAGGAUGGCCGCCUUUUUCCCCUAUUACAGCAAGGCGGUGGAGACUGCGGUCGAUGUCGCCCCCAGUGGCAAGGCCUACGUGGCGGAUAUUACGCCACAUGUGCGUGUUCUUGUUGGCACGGUGCCCACCAAGGCGUCGCGCCACAACUGCCCGCUACGCCCAGAUGUCAUCUCCAGCAUCGUGAAGGAAGCCCUCGCCCACGUCCGCGAGGAGGAAGACGGGAAAAAAGUCCACACGGGACUUGACAUCUACUGCUGUGAGUCACAGAAUGAGCUGUGUGUUGCCGCCGCCAUUGCACGCGCGGCGAAUCGCAACUUCUCUGCAAAGCGUGGUCGCGCAGAGCGUGGCUAUUUAUCGCGUGGCCCCACUGUUCGCGUCGUAUUCGCGCCCAACACGGCGAAGCGCAGUCUCGCGGAGGCGGAGAAAGACUUCACGUGCGGCAGUCGGCACGCGCUCGAUGUGGCGGCCUUGGUGGUGCAGCUGUGCCAACGUCUUGUGGACGCGCCGGCAAACCUGCUCGAUACCACCACCUUCGCGGAGAUUGCUUCCGGCCAUGUGGCGAGCCUGUGCGCUAUGGGCAGAAACGCCUCUAUCGACAUCCUCAGUGGCGAGGAGCUGCGGGAACGUGGCUACGGUGGCAUCUACGGCGUCGGCAAAGCAGCGGAGUUCCCACCGCAUCUUGUGACGCUAUCGUAUCAGCCACAAAACGGCAUCGAGCCGCAGGAGAAGUUGGCAUUUGUCGGCAAGGGUAUCGUGUACGACACGGGCGGUCUCGCGAUCAAGUCUGCGUCGAAUAUGUGUUCCAUGAAGCACGACAUGGGCGGCGCGGCGGCAACCUUCUGCGGCUUCCUUGGCCUGGCACUGCUUGAGGCGCCGCAACAGGUCUCCGCGGUGUUGUGUCUCGCCGACAACGCCGUCGGCCCGCGCUCGCAGCGCAACGAUGACAUUGUGCGCAUGAAGUCCGGUUACACGGUUGAGAUCAACAACACCGACGCAGAGGGGCGGCUCGUGUUGGGGGAUGGCGUGUACCACGCCUCCGCCCUGCUACCGUACACACCAGACGUGAUUGUCGACAUGGCCACAUUGACAGGCGCGCAGGGCAUUGCGACUGGCCGCCGCCACGCCGCACUCUAUGCUAACUCGGAGGAGAUCGAGGGCCGUAUGGUGCGGGCGAGUCGCAAAUGUGGUGACCUCUGCUUUCCCAUCGUGUACUGCCCGGAGUUCCACGCCAGUGAGUUCAGCAGUGGCGUCGCGGACUCCCGCAACAGUGUGGCGAACCGCGGUAACGCCUCGGCGAGCUGUGCGGCGUACUUCGUCGGCAACCACAUCGACAGUAAAUUCAAGGGUGCCUGGGCGCAUGUGGACAUGGCGUCGCCCGUCGGCCAAGAUGACCCAACUGGGUUUGGCGUGGCGCUGCUCCUGCAGGCCUUUGCUUCGUCAAUCUACUGCGCCGAAUAG